AUGGCAAUCGACAUCCAGGAAGUUGAGUUCAGGACCAUUGAUGGUCUCACUUUGCGUGGUGACCUGUACAAUGCUGCAGUGUCGUCCGGAAAGGGGCCUGCGGUCAUUAUUACGCCAGGUUUCAAUUGCGUCAAAGAGAUGUUUGUACCAGAUGUCGCCGAACAGUUCCAGAAGAACGGUAUCACAGCACUGAUCUAUGACCCGCGAACGCUCGGCCUGAGCGAUGGGUUGCCGCGCAACGACAUCGAUCCAGCGAGACAAGUAUCCGACUACUCCGACGCAGUCACUUUUGUCAAGAGUCUUCCAAACGUCGAUGCUUCAAUGAUUGGUAUCUGGGGUAUGUCGUUCAGCGGUGUCAUUGCACUGUCUGCUACAGCUCUGGACCCACGCGUUCGCUUCUGCAUCGCCAUCUGCCCGCUCUUGAACCUCGAAUACGAAGCAUCCAAGUUCCCCAAAGUGCUUGCCAAACUCCAACAAGACCGGGAGUCGCAGCUCACGGGGAACAAGCCUUUAUAUGUCCCAGUGUUGACGGCUGAGGGCAAGAACCCCGCUGGGAUGGGGUUGGGAGCAGACAAGGAGGAAUUUGACUAUAUGGUCAACGCCAAAACGCGUGGCGCCCCGCGACACGAAAAUCACACGACGUUCCAAUCGUACUACAAGAUAAAGCUAUGGCAACCACAAGGUAUCAUGAGAUACCUGGACCGUACACCUGUGUUGAUGGUAGUGCCGGAGCUGGACCAGAUCUCGCCCCCCGAGGCGCAGAUUGCGCUUCAUGCGACGUUCCCGGAGCCGAAGGUGUUGCAUAUCGCUCCUGGCAAGGGGCAUUUGGAUGUUUUGAGUGGAGAAGACUUUCCCAUGCUGUCGAAUUUGCAGGCGGAUUUCGUCAAGAAGAUUGCCGCAGCUUAA